AUGAUUUGGUGGAAGAAGAUACAGUGGCAGCAGCGUUACCUGUGGGCCCUGGGCUGCUAUAUGCUGCUGGCCAUUGUUGCUCUGAGGCUUUGUCUCAGAUUGAAAUGUGACUUUGAUUCCCUGGAUCUGAAGUCCAGAGAUUUUCAGAGCCGGCACUGUAGAGACAUCUUGUACAAGUCCCUGAAACUGCCAGCAAAGAGAUCCAUCAACUGUUCUCGGAUCAUCCAAGGGGACCAGCAGGCAGUGAUUGAGGCUGUGCUGGACAACCUGGAGAUCAAGAACAAGCGGAAGCCUUUCACAGACACUGACUACUUUAACAUGACCAGAGACUGUGAGCACUUUAAGGCUGAAAGGAAGUUCAUACGGUUCCCUCUGAGCCAAGAAGAGUCAGACUUCCCUAUUGCCUACUCAAUGGUGGUCCAUGAGAAAAUAGAAAACUUUGAAAGAUUGCUCCGAGCUGUGUAUGCCCCUCAGAACAUAUACUGCAUCCACGUGGAUGAGAAAUCCCCAGAAACUUUCAAAGAGGCAGUCAAGGCAAUUAUUUCAUGCUUCCCAAAUGUCUUCAUGGCCAGUAAGUUGGUUCGGGUGGUUUAUGCCUCCUGGUCCAGGGUGCAGGCUGACCUGAAUUGUAUGGAAGACUUGCUCCAGAGCCCAGUGCCAUGGAAAUACUUACUAAAUACAUGUGGGACAGACUUUCCUAUAAAGACCAAUGCCGAGAUGGUCCUGGCCCUCAAGAUGUUGAAUGGGAAGAACAGUAUGGAGUCAGAAAUACCUACUGAGUACAAAAAGACUCGCUGGAAAUAUCACUAUGAGACAAAAGACACAUUGUACGUAACCAACAAGAUGAAGGAUCCUCCCCCUGAUAACAUACCUAUGUUCACAGGGAAUGCCUAUAUUGUAGCUUCCCGAGACUUUGUCCGACAUGUCUUAGAGAACCCCAAGUCCCGACAACUGAUUGAAUGGGUAAAAGACACCUAUAGCCCUGAUGAGCAUCUAUGGGCCACGCUUCAGCGUGCACCAUGGAUGCCUGGCUCUAUUCCCUACCACUCCAAGUUUCACGUCUCAGAUAUGGCAGCCAUUGCCAGGCUGGUCAAGUGGCAGGGCCAUGAGGGAAACAUCAGUAUGGGGGCACCUUAUGCACCUUGCUCUGGAAUCCACCAGCGGUCUAUCUGUAUUUACGGGACUGGAGACCUGCAUUGGAUUCUUCAAAACCAUCACCUCUUGGCCAACAAGUUUGACCCAAAGGUGGAUGACAAUGUUCUUCAGUGUUUAGAAGAGUACUUACGUCAUAAGGCCAUCUAUGGGACUGAACUCUGAGAUAAACUAUAAGAGGAUUGCUACCUGUGGGGCAAGAACAUGUGGAUACAUACUUCAGAUGGGCUGGGACAAUGUGGGGUGGGAGACCAGGGCUCUGCAAUCUGUGGCAUCCCCAAGUUAGGGGGCUGCUAUCGGAGUGUGGGUAAGUAGAUCUGCCUUGCAACUUGCUGUCCUGGGUGAACACUCCUGGUGAGCAUUCACCCACCCCACUCCUAAGAGCUCUCCCACUGACUUUGUCACAGAGUCAAAAUAAGAAGCCGUUAUUUGGGAGAGUAAGGAAGGGAAGUGUGGCAGGGGACCCUGGAUUUCAGUUGAGUGCUUGCUGUCUGCUUUUCUACUCUAUGCUGGUUCUAAUAAAUUCUAGGCUUGGUAGUGGGGGCGGGUGGGACUUUAAUGAAAAGAGGGCCUUUUGUACUAUUAACUUAAAAAUAAACAGCUCUUUAUUCAAAGCCCUACCUCUACUUUCGUCUAAUAAGCCAGAAAAAAAAAGAUACAAGUGUGAGACUUUUUCUCAUAACUAUUUGUGACAUUUAAAAUCCCUGGUGGCUGGCAACAGAAUCUCCAUUAUUCCAAAGUUGAUCAUGGCUGAGUGUGUAAAUAGCAGAUUCAAAAGAAUGUACAGGAACAGAGUGGAUUCUUUGAUUAUUCAAAGCCCUCCUCAUUUUGUUUACAUUGCCAGAUUCAUGACUUCUCUGUAAGGGAAAAAGGGCGAUCUGACCAGUGUGGUCACUCAUAUACUUACGGGACAAUUACAGCACUAAUUUUGCCAGCUUCACAGCCAAAGCUUAAUGUUCCAUAGCAAAGACAGCGUUUUAGGUAAGGCCCUCAUAUAAUUUCUUGGCCAAACUGGAACACAUUUUAGUGGGGGAGGGGUUGAGAGGGGCACCUGCUUGGCUCAGUCAGUUAAGCAUCUGACUCUUGAUCUCAGCUCAGGUCUUGAUCUCAGGGUGGCGAGUUCAAGCCCUGUGUUAGGCUCCACGCUGCAAGUGAAGCCUACUUAAAAAAAAAAAAAAUUGUGUUGGGAAACCAGAAUGAACUAGGACUGUCUAGCUAAAUCAGGAAGUCUGGGUAUUCCAAGUUUAGGCCUCUUUAGUCAAAACUCUUAUUUAGGUAUGUGAAUGGAAGGGUCACUAUUUGUGGCUCUGUGGUUUAUACAUUUCCUUACAGGAAAACAAUUGUGUAUUCUCCCACACCUGCAGUAAAUGUUACCCAAUGAAAGAUUCCUUUCUGAAGCUCCAGAGAGAGGUGACAGGCAAUUGGAACGCAACUGGCUAUUAGUCAUAAUCUUCUGUGAUGGGAAAGGAUAUUAUAUAAAAAGAUAGGCAUGUCUUAUACACAGAGCAACUGGUCUUCUGUGUACAAUAUGCUCUGGAAAAGGGAUUUAGACACCAACUGGUGUAAUGUGAAUGAUCCGAUUAAUGCGUGAUGUCACUACUGUGUUUCUUCUUGGUUAUGAUUCGUUUAAUCAAGUUUUCUCUCACAGUCAACCUUCCCUGCAACCCAUGUACUCUGACAUAGUUAUCAUUGUGUCUAACACAGUGAAUUUUCU